AUGGAAAAGAUCCUAGACCAGGAAAUAAGAUCGAAGGCACUUGAAACUACACCCCUGCAUGCAAAUCAGCACGCGUACAGAGCGGGCAGGUCGACGAAUACCGCCCUGUACCAGCUAACCUCGGAGAUACAGAGCUCGCUGGAUACGGGGGAGGUGACGCUAUGCGCCUUCCUAGACAUCGAAGGUGCCUUUGACAAUGCGUCCCACGGGAGCGUGGCAAGGGCACUGGAGAAAAGGAAUGUGGCACCUACAGUGCGCAGGUGGAUAGAAGCUGUACUGCGCACCAGAAUAGCUGAAACCACAUCAGGAGGCACCACUAUCCGUCUCGGUACUACUAAGGGCUGCCCACAGGGAGGAGUUCUAUCCCCCCUGUUGUGGAGCCUAGUCGUGGACGAACUACUGGUGCUGCUAACAAACAAUGGAAUCCGCUGUCAAGGAUAUGCGGACGACAUUGUUAUCAUAGCUAGAGGCAAAUUUGUGAGUACUCUCUGCGAUAUCGUACAAAGGGGACUAGGUCUAGCCAAGGGUUGGUGCAACAGUGUUGGACUAAACAUCAACCCUCUGAAAACGACCAUCGUCCCAUUUACGAGGCGCAGGUCUCUGCCUGGCCUGAGAAACUUAACACUCGGAGGCAGGGAGAUAGAGAUGACAAACAUGGUCAAAUAUCUUGGUCUCACGCUGAAUUCCACGUUAAGAUGGAAGCAGCACAUUGACCUGACCAUGGUCAAAGCUACUAAGGCAUUGAUGGUGUGCAACCGGCUGGCUGGUAGAUCCUGGGGGUGCAAACCAAGGAUCAUCAGAUGGUUGUACACCAUGAUAGUGCGACCAAUUGUCACCUACGGGGCGGUGGUGGUAGCACUCAAACUAUCGAAACUGCAAAGGCUUGCGUGCGUCUGUAUGACAGGAGCUAUGCGCACCUGCCCGACAGCUGCACUUGAGGCCCUGCUGGAGCUCACCCCGCUACACCUACUAAUUGGUCAAGUCGCCAAGUACACUCUGCUUCAAAUGACAGCAGAGGGGACUGGCAUAGGUAAAAUAAUCUCGUCCCAACGCAUGGAAGAGCUAAGUGGCAUUAUACCACUGGCUCCUCUUCCAAGGGACGGCAUUAACAAAAAGCUGAACUUCACUAAGAAGUUUAAGAUCACCCUCGGCAGCAAGGCCGAAUGGAGCGACUCCGCAUUCGAGCUGCUACUCAGGGAUAGCUCGAUCAGGUGGUACACCGACGGCUCGAAAACGUCGGAGGGAAUUGGCGCAGGGGUCGCAGGACCACGCACAAAACUCUCCAUACCUAUGGGUAAGUUUCCGAGCAUAUUCCAAGCGGAGGUAUUUGCUAUAAGUCGGUGCGUAGAGUUGAACCUCCAACGCGGCUAUCGCAACGAACGUAUAGCUAUACUUAGCGACAGCCAAGCGGCACUCAAGGCGAUCUCGUCUUACGAGAUAAAAUCGCUAUUGGUGCAGGAGUGUAUAGACCGGCUCAACAGUCUUGCAGAAUGCAACCAGGUGCACCUUAUUUGGGUGCCAGGCCACAGAGGCAUCGCCGGUAAUGAACUGGCCGAUGAGCUUGCCCGCUCUGCAGCAUCCACCAGCAUGGUAGGACCGGAACCUUUCAUAGCGGUGGGUCCCCACACCAUAAAGGAGCAGGUCCGCAAUGAUGUAGCAGUGGGUGGGGAUGCUGCUCCUAUGGCGACGAAACCGUCGCCGACUAAUGGCAGCGACAAGACAAGGACUCUAGUAGGUGUCUCCGUAGGUAGCAGACUGGGGGUAACCGGCGCUAAACCGUCGGCAGCAGUAGUAGCGAAGGGUGGAUCAUUCAUACGCGGCGAAAUCGCCAGCACUAGCAGGGGAACCUCAGCUAGAAUUAUGAAAGGAUCCACAGGGAAUAAGAGCAAGGCAGCUUUAGCUAGAAAGCUAAAGUCUGACCGCCGAUUGGCGGCCAAAAUCUUGGAGCGCUACGGUGACAAGCAUGCUGGUCAGGUGUCUGAGCAGCAUGCUAGUACGCUUGAGUGGGCCAAGAAAGUGCUGAGCGAGGACGAUAGGGUAGAACUGAAAACCAGCAGGACAGAACCGGCGGUCAAGCGGCAGAGGUCGCAUGAGGGAGAAACCUCCCUUGUUAAGAAACCGCGGACUGGAAAAGCGCCAACCUUCAGCGAAAUCGCUAAAGGUGCUUGGGCCAGAAUACUGGGGGUGCUUGACCGCAGUAGAGAGGACGGUGCCAUGUCCCAUGAUGAAUGGAAGAGGGUAGCAGCGGCUAUCUCAUCGGUCUUCCUGAGGGUGGUCAAGGAAAACCCGGGGCCACCCCCGAAAUGUUGCAGGACAAUGGAAAUCGAUCCGGAUCUCUCGGAUGUGGCGAGUGUUGGGGGCGGUUCGUCGAUUGGCGACUCGGUCUUCAGCCUCGAACGACUGUUUGAGGAGGUUCGGGUCGACCACGACUUGGGCGCUGAAAUAGCGCUCCUGGAGGAAAGUCUGAAGGAUAAAAUUCCUCCAGAUUAA